AUGGUAUUCGCUAAUCCAUCGAUAUUAGAAAAUAAUGGAAAUCCUGAUUAUAAAUGUGCUAUUAAAAAUGAAUUCUGUAUUCCUGAUUACCAAAACCCAUGCUGUCAUGCGCAUCUUGAAUGCAAAUUAACAUUUCCAGGUGGUUUUUUUAAAUGUAUUGAUAAAGUGCGAUUAGGACAACCUUGUAAUAACGAUAAUGAAUGUUUUUUCAUAAGAAAUGCAAUUUGUUCUGAAGAAUUAAAAAAAUGUGAUUGCAAAUCAAAUUAUGUACCAGAAAUGGGUUUAAUAUGCGCCCCAUUAUUGGAUGAAAGUUGUAAAAAUAAUGAAUUAUGUGAAACUAAAAAUUCUAUUUGCAUUAACAAUCGAUGUCAAUGCAAAGCUAAUUAUCUCAAAAAAUCUAACAAUCAAUGUCUGAGAAUAGUAAUAGGAAGUUAUUGCGAAAAUGAUACAAUCUGCGAAACUAUAAAUUAUGCGAAAUGUUCAAAAGAUAAAGUAUGUACUUGUACGCGAAACGCCGUAGCAUUAGACCCAACAAAAUGUAUCCUGAUUUAUGAUUUAGUAUGUUGGACAACUAAUGAUUGCCCGGCGGAAAAUUCUAUCUGUGUUGAUCAUAAAUGUCAAUGUAAACCAAACUUUGUACUUGAAUCCUAUGUUCAAUGUGUCCCAUCUUAUUUGGGAAUGACUUGUAAAUCCGAUUUCGACUGUACUAAAUUUAUGCUUCAUACUGUAUGUUCCAAAAAUAAAAAAUGCGCAUGUGAACCUUUAUAUUACCGUGUAACAAACAGAAUGUGCUCUCCAAUUACCGAAAGUCUAGAGAGCAACCCACUGAUUUUGAAGGGUAUUUCUAUUUGUGUUAAUGAUAAUUGUCAAUGCAAACCUAAAUUUGUGUACAAUGGGUCAGCGUGCGUCCCAUUAAUUCUAGGAGAACCGUGCAAAAGUUACGAAGAUUGCAAAGCAGUAGAAUUUGCAGACUGCUCAGUAAACAAGGUGUGCGUUUGUGGACAAAGCUUUGUUGCUCUAAAUGAAACAACUUGUAGACCCCUCAUAGGUGGAUUUUGUUUAUCAAAUAAAGAUUGUUUAACUGACAAUUCAAUGUGCUUUGAUGAAUUUUGUCAAUGCAAACCAAACUUUACGUCUCUGUCUGAUUAUGACAAAUGUGUGCCAAAUAAAUUUGAAAAUUAG